AUGUCUUACGGCGGCGGUGGUGGUUAUCAGCGCGGCGGUGAUUCCUACCGUUCCCGCAACGGCGGCGGCGGUGGUGGUUAUGAAAAUGGUCACUCCAACGGAGGUGGUGGCUACGGCGGCGGCGGUGGCGGCGGCUACGGUGGUGGCCGCGGUGGUGGUUUCGGCGGAGGUGGUGGUGGUUUCGGCGGCGGCGCCGGUGGUGAUCGCAUGUCCAACCUCGGCGCUGGCCUGAAGAAGCAAGACUGGGACAUGGACACUCUCCCCAAGUUCGAUAAGUCCUUCUAUAAGGAGCACGCUGAUGUUGCUGCUCGCUCUGAUGCCGAGGUUGCGGAGUACCGCAAGGCCCAGGAUAUGGCUGUUCAAGGCCGCAAUGUCCCUCGCCCCGUCGAGACCUUCGACGAGGCUGGUUUCCCUACCUACGUCCUGACUGAGGUCAAGUCUCAGGGAUUCGAGCGCCCUACCGCUAUUCAAUCUCAAGGUUGGCCUAUGGCCCUUUCCGGUCGUGAUGUCGUCGGUAUUGCGGAGACUGGUUCCGGAAAGACCCUUACCUACUGUCUUCCCGCUAUUGUUCACAUCAACGCUCAGCCUCUCCUCGCCCCUGGCGAUGGUCCCAUCGUCCUGGUUCUGGCUCCUACCCGUGAGCUUGCUGUUCAGAUUCAGACUGAGAUCACCAAGUUCGGCAAGUCUUCCCGCAUUCGCAACACCUGUGUCUACGGUGGUGUCCCCAAGGGUCCUCAAAUUCGUGACCUCUCUCGUGGUGUUGAGGUGUGCAUUGCCACUCCUGGUCGUCUGAUUGAUAUGCUGGAGGCUGGUCGCACUAACCUCCGCCGUGUCACCUACCUUGUUCUCGACGAGGCUGAUCGCAUGCUGGACAUGGGUUUCGAGCCUCAAAUUCGCAAGAUUAUCGGCCAGAUUCGCCCUGACCGUCAGACUUGCAUGUGGUCCGCUACAUGGCCCAAGGAGGUCCGCCAGCUGGCCUCUGACUUCCUCAAUGAGUACAUUCAGGUCAACAUUGGUUCCACCGACCUGUCUGCCAACCACCGUAUUCACCAAAUCGUCGAGGUUAUGUCCGACUUCGAGAAGCGUGACCGUAUGAUUAAGCACAUGGAGAAGAUCAUGGAGGACCGCUCCAACAAGAUCCUCAUCUUCACUGGCACCAAGCGUGUUGCCGACGAGAUUACCCGUUUCCUCCGCCAAGACGGAUGGCCCGCACUUUCCAUCCACGGUGACAAGCAACAAAACGAGCGUGACUGGGUUCUGAACGAGUUCAAGCAGGGCAAGAGCCCAAUCAUGGUGGCCACUGAUGUGGCUUCUCGUGGUAUCGAUGUGCGCGACAUUACUCACGUGCUCAACUACGACUACCCCAACAACUCGGAGGACUAUGUCCACCGUAUUGGUCGUACUGCUCGUGCUGGUGCCAAGGGUACCGCCAUCACCUUCUUUACCACUGACAACUCUAAGCAGGCUCGUGACUUGGUCACCAUUCUCACCGAGGCAAAGCAACAGAUCGAUCCUCGUCUGGCCGAGAUGGUCCGCUACUCCGGCGGCGGCGGUGGCGGUCGCUGGGGCGGUGGCCGUGGCCGUGGUGGCUGGGGUGGUCGUGGUCGUGGUGGUGGCGGCGGCGGCGGCGGUGGUUACACUGCUUCUAACGCUGCUCCUGUUGCCGGCAACCGCCGCUGGUAG